GCCGCGGGCGGGCGCGGGCUCGGCCUCCAGCGGCCUCCUCGGUGGACCCAUCCCGGGGGGACCACGCCGCAGGGGUGCGACCCGCAGGGACCACCCCGCAGGCACCCGACCCGCAGGGACGCGACCCACAGGGACCACCCCGCAGGCACCCGACCCGCAGGGGCCACCCCACAGGGACGUGACCCGCAGGGGCCACCCCACAGGGACGUGACCCACAGGGACCACCCCACAGGGACGCGACCCACAAGGACCACCCCGCAGGCACCCGACCCGCAGGGACGCGAUCCCCAGGGGCCACCCCGCAGGCACCCGACCCGCAGGGACGCGACCCAUAGGGACCACCCCGCAGGCACCCGACCCGCAGGGACGCGAUUCCCAGGGGCCACCCCGCAGGCACCCGACCCGCAGGGACGCGAUUCCCAGGGGCCACCCCGCAGGCACCCGACCCGCAGGGACGCGACCCAUAGGGACCACCCCGCAGGCACCCGACCCGCAGGGGCCACCCGGCAGGCACCCAACUCGCAGGGACGCGACCCGCAGGGACCACCCCACUGGGGCCCACCCUGAGGGACCACCCCACAGGGACGAGACCCACAGGGAUCACCCCACUGGGACCCACUCUCAGGGACCUGACCCGCAGGGACCACCCCACAGGGGCCCGCGUCACUGUAGACUCACAGGCGGGACCUGGGUCUGUGUAGACCCAUGGUGGUGUGGACCCUGUUGGUCGGAGCUGAUUUGUUGUGGGCCCGUCGUCAGUCAUGGCAUGUUAUGUAUUUGGUUACUGUGUAAUUCAUGCGUGACUGAAAAGUCGUGACUGACUUUUCUGUUGAACCAGAAUUCUCUUUCUUUGCUAACACUUCAAAUACAACCGUUUCAAUUACAUCAGUGUUGACCGUGCCGGUCAAGAAUACUAGUUUAAAAAUAUUUUCUUGGGCCAGGUGUGAUGGUUCACACCUGUAAUCCCACCACCUUGGGAGCCCGACAUGGGCGGAUCAUGAGGUCAGGAGUUUGAGAGCAGCCUGGCUAACACGGUGAAACCCUGUCUCUACUAAAAAUACAAGAGUUAGCCGGGCGUGGUGGUGUGCACUUGUAAUCCCAGCUACUUGGGAGGCUGAGGCAGGAGAAUUGCUUGAACCCAGAAGGCAGAGGUUGCAGUGAGUGAAGAUGGUGCCAUUGCACUCCAGCCUGGGUGACGGAGCAAGAUUGCGUCUCAAAAAAAUAAAAGACUUGGGACCCUGGAGGACUGACGCUGCUGGCCUGGGCGUCCCCUUCCGCUGAGCCAUGGCGACUCCCGACGUGAGUGUGCACAUGGAGGAGGUGGUGGUUGUGACAACUCCGGACACUGCAGUGGACGGCAGUGGUGUGGAGGGGGUGAAGACCGUGUUGGUGACGACCAACUUGGCCCCUCACGGGGGCGACCUGACAGAAGAUAACAUGGAGACAGAAAAUGCAGCGGCGGCAGCUGCCGCGGCCUUCACAGCCUCCUCCCAGCUCAAGGAAGCCGUGUUAGUGAAGAUGGCUGAAGAGGGGGAGAACCUGGAGGCUGAGAUUGUGUACCCCAUCACCUGUGGGGACAGCAGAGCCAACCUCAUCUGGAGGAAGUUUGUGUGUCCCGGCAUCAAUGUGAAAUGUGUUCAGUACGACGAGCAUGUAAUCAGCCCGAAGGAAUUUGUGCACCUGGCCGGGAAGUCCACCCUGAAGGACUGGAAGAGAGCCAUCCGCAUGAACGGCAUCAUGCUCAGGAAGAUCAUGGACUCCGGGGAACUGGACUUCUACCAGCACGACAAGGUCUGCUCCAACACCUGCCGCAGCACAAAGAUUGACCUCUCAGGAGCCCGUGUGUCCCUGAGCAGCCCCACGUCGGCCGAGUACAUUCCCCUCACGCCUGCCGCAGCCGACGUGAAUGGGUCUCCUGCGACCAUCACCAUAGAGACCUGUGAAGACCCUGGCGACUGGACCGCGGCCAUCGGAGAUGACACGUUUACCUUCUGGCGGGGGCUGAAGGACGCCGGCCUGCUGGACGAGGUCAUCCAGGAGUUCCACCAGGAGCUGGUGGAGACCAUGAGAGGCCUGCAGCAGCGGGUCCAGGACCCUCCCCUGCAGCUUCGAGGUGAGAAGCUGCAUCUUCCCUCUUGCCGGCUCCUCAGCCCAGGAGUGUCUGCAGGAGAUGCUGUACUCCUCAACAACAUCGUGCAGAACUUCGGCAUGCUGGACCUGGUGAAGAAGGUGCUGGCCAGCCACAAGUGCCAGAUGGACCGCUCGCGGGAGCAGUACGCCCGGGACCUGGCAGCCCUGGAGCAGCAGUGUGAUGAGCAUCGUCGCCGAGCCAAGGAGCUGAAGCACAAGUCCCAGCACCUCAGCAACGUGCUCAUGACGCUGACGCCGGUCUCCCUGCCACCGCCUGUGAAGCGGCCCCGGCUUGCACGUGCCACAUCAGGACCGGCCGCCAUGGCCUCACAGGUGCUCACCCAGUCUGCCCAGCUGGCGCUUGGCCCGGGCGUGCCCGUCCCCCAGCUGACCAGCGUGCCCCUUGGUAAAGUGGUGUCCACCCUGCCGUCCACCGUCCUGGGCAAGGGUUCCCUUCAGGCGCCCCCCGCCAGCUCCCCGGCCUCCCCGCUGCUCGGGGGAUACACAGUCUUGGCCUCUUCCGGCUCCACCUACCCCAGCACAGUGGAGAUCCACCCGGACGCGUCCAGCCUCACGGUCCUGAGCACGGCCGCCGUGCAGGACGGUAGCACGGUGUUCAAGGUGGUCAGCCCGCUGCAGCUGCUCACGUUGCCUGGCCUGGGCCCCACCCUGCAGAACGUGGCCCAGGCCUCGCCCGGCUCCAGCACAAUUGUGACAGUGCCCGCAGGGGCUGCCCCCGGGCCUGAGGAGCACACGGCCACCAUUGAGGUGGCUACCAUGGCAGAGGACCAUGAGCGGAAGUAGCCGACGGGAGGGCGAGGCCCCUGGGAUGGACAGGGCUGGCUGUCUCUCAGCCGCGGCAGCAGGGAGCGGGCAGAGGCCGCAGGGCUGGCUCGGGCAGGUGGGUCACGUGGGCUGCAGAACCAAAGAGAGGAAUCGCCAAAACAAAUCACGAGAAGAGAGAAGGGGACAGAACAGCGAGAGCAACCUGGAAAAUCGGUCUUCAGGUCCCACGUUUCCUCCCCCUUUUUUCUUGGGAAAUAUAUUUUUCCAUCUGUUGCUUAUUAAUACUGUUUACACAUUGGGCCUUGAUCAGGAGCCAGGUGGGCGGGGGCUAGGGGGAGCCUGGGUGCAGCAGAGACAGAGGAAGCAGAGCCAGGUGCCGAGCGCGACCCUGCAGGUGCUGGAUGCGGUGCAGCAGGUCACGAGGCCCCCGUGUCUGCACCCAGCCAGGUCCCUGGGGACGUUACUAACUCAUGACUUGGGAGCUGAGCCCAAGUGUGAAACCUCUGGAUCCUAUGGAUUUGGUUUCUUCCCACAGUUUUCUGUAGGUUUAGUGUGGUUGGUGCCCCGUUCUCCUCCUGUUGGGAACAUGCACCCGGAGCUUGGGGUGCAGAUCCUGAUGGGUGCCUGCCUCCCCCGCCCCCAGCCGGUGCUCAGGUGGCCCAGGGGCCGCACAGACGAGGCGUGGUCCAGGCAUUGUUGCACAUGUACUGAGGGUGUUUUUAAGUGAAUUGCUUAGUAGGCUUCUAGGAAGAGUCAGAUUUAUAGCAUUUUCAACCAAAAUAAUGGUGAGUGCCUAGGCUUCCCGAGUUAGCUCUUUGGGUGGCCGCUGAGCCCCUGUGAGUGCACUUGACCGGGUGCGGAGGUCCUGGGCAGCCUGUCCCUGAGCCGGCCCCUCCCAGGGGUCUGAGAUCCGUGAGGUGUGUCCCUAGGGCUUCAGUCCUGGGGCAGAGGCAUAAACAGAACCAGUCACUAUGGAGGUUGAGGGUUCCCGUGUGGGCCCUUCAGCUUGGGCUGCUUGGCCACGGAACAGCCCUUGGAUCCCUGGCCCCCGGCCCCCAUGCAGCCCCUGGGCUGGCCCUUGGUGGUCUCUGUCCAAGGGAGAGCCCCUGGGUGUUCAGGAGGCUGCCCAGGGUGGGCUGCUCAGGGCAGCUGCCGAAGGUGGAGCCCAGAGCCUGUCUGGAAGGGCUGUCCGUGGCUGUCCUGAGACCUGGCCUUGGACUCACAAGGAAGACCAGGCUGAGGCCCCUCCAGGCCAGGGUCCUGGGGCAGGCAUCUCAGGGAGCAGCCAGCCCAGGCCUCCUGCCGUCUCCAACAGGGCAUGUCCCGGGAGGACCCUGAGUGCCAGAUUCCCCUGGACGCUCCUGCUGAUUCUGUCGGCAGUUGAAGGCCCGUCUGAGGCCCCGCAAUGCGAGGGUCCCGUGUCCCACUUCACUGCUCCGAAGGGAACUGGCUGGCUGUCCGUCCAGUGAGCGGCCCAGACCCCACCUCUGCGCCAUUGUCACCAGGGCCCUGUCCUGGCUGCCCUCACCCAUGUCAAGCUACUGAGGCUGUGUCUUGCUUGUUUUCUCUGUUACACUUUCGUUUGCUGUUGUCACAGUCAGCUGGUUUCGGCGUGAUGUUGACCUUUUGAUGUACAUACUCCGUUUUAAACUCAUUUCCACUCUAGUUGAGUUCUGCAGCAUGCAGCGGUAUGACCCUACGGGGGUCAGGAGGGCCCUGUAGCCCCCACCCACCAGCUCAGAACCUGUCACUAAUACAGCUGCCUGGGACCCUGGGACCCGCAACCUUCCAGCUGCUUCCCUUUGUCAAAGUCACGAGUGCGUCUGCCUUGACGGCCCUCGUCAACAGAACUUCCAGUGGGUUGUGGGUUCAUUUCCUUUCUUUUUAAGAACAGGGUUGGGACCUUUUCUGCCCCUGCCCCUCAGCUAUUGAGGCAUUGGGAGAGGAAGUUAAUUUCAGAGCCAUACAAAAAUAAGCCACAACCAGCUUCAGAAUUAAUUCCCAAUCCCCCAUUCCACCAGGGCUGGGAGCCCAUUCCCAGUGCUUCCCAAGGCCCUCGGGGACGUCUACCGCCAACCCAGCUGCUUCUGGCAGGGGCUCCGAGCCCCAGCGUGGGGAAGGGCCCUGGAGAAGCCCUCAUCCUCGUGGGAACCACACUGCAGUGGGUGGGGAAGGUUGUCGUCAGCACCGCCCCCGGCUCCUCCAGGUCCUGCUGGCUCCUCGGGGGCAGGGUUCCCUGGACCUCCCAGUUCUGCGCCUCGGGGCCAGCCAGUACUCAGAGAGGGGGACCUUCUCCACCACGUACAGAACACGGGUUUUCAUGGCUGCCUUUGGUUUGGUUUUCUGAGAAGAUAGGAUUGGAUUGGAUUUUGCAGAGGGUGAGAACUUCUCUGUGCCUGCUCAGAGGCGCCCUAGGGAAGGGCCAUGUUUGAGUUUUGCUUUGUAUGUUGUUUUGCAAGUAUCUGCCUGGUACUUUGAUUUAAAAUAAAAACAAUUUUCAUAGUU